UUUUUAUUAAUAUGUAUUUUUCCAGAUUCUAUGUUGGUUUUAUUACAUCUCCUGUCCAGUGAUGCAAAAAUUUCAAAAUUUUGCCCGUUCCAGUUCCAGUUCUGGAACCGAUUUUUUAAUUUUGGUUGUUCUACGGUUCCAGUUCCAGAACAUUUCCAGGUCUUUACUGGUUCCAUGGUUUCAGUUCCGGAACUGGAACUGAAAAUUUUGAUAUUAUUUUCUGAUAGAGGGUAUAACAGCGAUGCGAAUUCCGCCUUUUUCGGCCCUUCCGCUUCCCGGCUCGUCUGCCGCUUUUUAUUUUAAUUUGUUCUAUUCCAUCUUCCGACUCCCCUUGGAUGGAUUAUCCCUUUGGUAUAAGUUAUCCCCUUGGUAUGGAUUAUAAGAAAGUCGAAAAGUAUUUGGAAAUA